AUGUCCAGCAGAAUGCAGUUCUGUCAGAGGAAUGCUGCAGCCUCAGCUGUGCAGGGACUGAGAGGAGCGACGUCUACCCCCCGGGCCCUCUGCUGGCACUGGCUCUUUAAAUACUGGCUGCCUCCGGCACUUGCGGCCGGCCGAGGAGGGAGCCCAGCCCCGGUGGGCCGGCUGCAGCUCUCCUGGGCUCCUGCAGGAGGCAGUGCAGCGGGGUUUCUGUCCGUGGUGCUGGAGAGUCGACCGUCUCUGUCCGGGGUGCUGAACGGCUCGGUUUGCUGCUGCCGCCUCGCAGACUCGGUCCCCUGUGUCCGGCUUGGCUCCGCACCUCUUUCGGGCUCGUAGUCGUCGGAGCGUUACCGGAACGUCCGUCUGCCCGGAGAUGUGUCUGCGAAGGGGGAGGGAAGGGCAGUAGUCUGAGCGUAAGCAAAAAUGAGUUCAAAGGUCAGACUCUGAGCCAGCGGUGGACCAGUACAGAACCAGUCAACCAGAGAGGACAAGCCUCAGUGACAAUAUGAGUCAAGACACUACAGAGACACGAACACGAACUCGCUCCAAAGGCAUCCGGGAACUGGUGGCACAAGAAAUGAAGCAGGACUUAAGUAGCAGUUGUCCCACUCCUGGAUGUGAUGGUAAAGGCCACGUCAGUGGAAGGUACUCGCGACACAGGAGCAUACUUGGUUGCCCAAUUGUGAAGAAAAGGAAGCUAGAGGAGGCUGAGGCCGGGGAGAACCAGUCCGCUCCCAAGAGAAAGAAUCAGUCUGCUAAACAGGCAGCAGAUGGAGGGUUGACUGCAGACAGUGACACAGCAGAAGAGGAAGAGGAGGAGCAGAAAGAGAAUGAAGGGGAUGAAGAAAACAAGGACAAGAAGGCCAAAACAAAAAGCAGACCAGAGUCAAUAAAAAAGGCCUCACAGGUGACAAAAGUAACAGCAGUGUGUCCUUCAGCUGACGUUGACAAGAACAAACACAUCAGUGCAAAGGCUGAGAACAAAACUGUGAGUGAGAAAGCUGGUGAGGAAGUAAAGCCUGUGGCACUCACUGAUGACCUUCAGCAGGAGAAAACAGAGACAAAGGAUGUGAAGGAUGCUUUUCUGAUGACAAAGGAUCAGCUAUCUGCGGAACCUGCAGAGCUAACAGGCAUUCCUGAUCUAAAAGAAACAAAGGAGGCGGAAGAAGCAGAAGAAGAACAGGAAGAAAAUGGGCAACAAAAAAGUCCUGAGAAUAUUGUAGAAGAGAGGGUAAUAGAAAGACAAAUGAUAAGCCAGAAAAACUCAGAUCAUCAGUAUUCAAGUGGUGAUUACAGCCAUCUGGCCAAAGAGUCAAAACAGCAUAAGGAUAGGGAAGCUGAUGAAGAAGAGGUGGAAGAAGAGGAAGAAGAAGAAGAGGAGGAUGGAACAGAGAGGGAGGUCCUCCAAGAGGUUGACACUCCUUACACUUUGAGUCCACGCACUCAGGGAUCUGAAACUGAGCUGUCACUCAGGGAAGAAAAGAUCUGUACUCCCAUGACUGAGGAAGAAGAGGAUGAAGAACAGGAAGGGGAGAGAGAGGAGGAGGAUCAUAGACAAGAGAAGGAAGACAGUGAGAUCCUGGGGGAGGAAGAGGAGGACCAAGACUCCAGUAAAGCCUCUCCAACAACAGUGGUUAUAGAAGUCCGCUCUGAGGAGGAUGAUGAUGAUGAAGAGGAAGAGGAGGAAGAGGAGGAGGAGGAGGAGGAGGAGGAAGAAGAGGAAGGAGAGGAGCAGGAUCGUAUCUCAGAGGGCUCGGGAAUUACAGACGACUCGGAGAACUGGGAUAUGACUCGGGGGAACCUGGGGCUGCUGGAGCAGGCUAUUGCUCUGAAGGCGGAGGAAGUGAAGGAAGGCCAGGAGAGCCAGAGCUCCCUGGACUACCAACCAUACACAUCGUCCAGCAAGAGCUCAGAGGCUGCUGCUGUAGCCCGCCGCACCACUCACUACAGCAAAGAAAAGAAGGAAGUCAAGUGUCCAACGCCAGGGUGUGAUGGGACGGGUCAUGUGACUGGGCUGUAUCCCCACCAUCGCAGUCUGUCUGGAUGUCCUCACAAAGACAGAAUCCCUCCAGAGAUCCUGGCCAUGCAUGAGAACGUCUUGAAGUGUCCUACUCCUGGCUGCACAGGCCAAGGCCAUGUUAACAGCAACCGCAACACACAUCGCAGUCUGUCCGGCUGCCCCAUUGCCGCAGCUGCUAAGCUGAACAAGAACCAGGACAAACAGGUUCAUUUACAGGCUUCAGCCAGUGAACCCUCUUCCAAUUCUGACAGAGUGCUCAGGCCCAUGUGUUUUGUCAAACAGCUGGAGAUCCCUCAGUAUGGCAGCUACCGGCCCAACACGGUGACCACUACACCUCGAGCAAACCUGGCCAAGGAGCUGGAGAAAUACUCCAAGGUGUCUUUUGACUAUGCAAGCUUUGAUGGUCAGGUUUUUGGAAAACGUACGCUCAUUCCAAAGACACCUAGCACUGCUGAAACAUCACCCAAAGCCUUCAAAACUAAAUUGUUCCCCAAGGCAUCAUCCCCCAGUCACAGCAUGUCAGGAAGCUUUUCUAUGAGCACCUUGUCCUCCAGCGGUUAUGACUAUAGCCAAGAUGCAGAGGCAGCCCACAUGGCAGCAACAGCUAUCCUCAAUCUGUCCACCCGCUGCUGGGAGAGACCAGAGACACUCAGCACCAAGACCAGGGAGCCCUGUACCAAGGAGGCGGAUAUUGAGGUGGAUGAGAAUGGCACCUUGGACCUUAGCAUGAAGAAGACCAAGCGGGACGGAGUACAGUCUCCAGAGCCUUCAUCUUCUUUAUCUUCUUCCUCUCAACAUGUGGGAGCCACUGCAUCUCAGGGCCAGACUCAGCAAGAGUGGGAAGGCCCACUUGACUUCACCAAAAUGGGUGUUGUCAAAGAAGAAGACCACGAAGAGGUGGAGUACACAGCUCCCUCAUAUACCUCAUCUGAAGGUGAGGAAGAGGACCAAGAGAACUUGGAGGACAGGAAAUACCCCGGUGAGGUCACCACCAGCAGCUUCAAGGUCAAGUUUCAGCCCAAAGACAGCAAAAAAGAGCUUCUUGUGUGUCCUACUCCAGGCUGUGAUGGCAGUGGACACAUUACUGGCAAUUACGCAUCACAUCGGAGUCUGUCAGGCUGUCCUCUUGCUGAUAAAUCACUUCGGACCCUCAUGGCUGCCCACACAGCAGAACUAAAGUGUCCAACUCCAGGUUGUGAUGGAUCAGGCCACAUCACUGGAAACUAUGCUUCACACCGCAGUUUGUCUGGAUGCCCCCGAGCCAAGAAAAGUGGAGUCAAAUCAACCCCUACCAAGGACGACAAAGAAGAUUCUGAGCUGCUCAGAUGUCCUGUUCCUGGCUGUGAUAGCCUGGGCCACAUCAGUGGGAAGUACGCCACUCAUCGCAGUGCUUAUGGAUGUCCACUAGCAGCCCGUCGGCAGAAGGAAGGUCUUCUAAAUGGCACACCCUUCUCCUGGAAGGCCUUCAAGACCGAGGGCCCAUCUUGCCCAACACCAGGCUGUGACGGUUCUGGUCAUGCUAACGGCAGCUUCUUGACACAUCGCAGUCUGUCAGGUUGUCCCAGAGCAUCAGCCAACAAGAAAAGAACCAAGUUCCCUGGAGAUGAGUAUAUCACUGCAAAGUUCAGAGCCAGUGAUGUGCUGGACAAUGAUGAAGAUAUCAAGCAGCUCAAUAAGGAAAUCAACGAGCUGAAUGAGUCCAACUCAGAGAUGGAGGCCGACAUGAUAAACCUGCACACUCAGAUUUCUUCUAUGGAGAAGAACCUGAAGAGCAUGGAGGAGGAGAAUAAACAGAUAGAAGAAAGGAAUGAGGCCUUGUUCCUGGAGCUAUCUGGCCUUAGUCAGGCUUUGAUCCGCAGCCUAGCCAACAUCAGCCUGCCUACCAUGCAGGAGCCACUAUCAGAGCAGAACUUUGACAGCUAUGUGGACACCCUGACCCACAUGUUUACCAACAAAGACUGCUACCAGAACCCCGAGAACCGGGCUCUGCUAGAGUCCAUCAAUCAGGCAGUAAAGGGCAUCGAGGUGUAAGCGAAACUGGAUGACGGCGGGUGGCAGGGCAUCAUGGUGACGCCACCAAUCUUUUUUUUCCAAACCCUUUAGAUACUCUGUGUCAUGAGUUCUUCUCAUUGGAGUUUUGUCCUCUGUUCUUUGCAUUUGUUUCCUGUUUGCAUGUUGCUUUAUAAAGGUGUGAGCGUGAACAGAUGUGUGGAUGUAAAGCGUGUCGAGGCACACUGAAAGCAAACUGUUGCCAUGAGCAAGGGCACCUCAAGGUAUACACAGAAAGGCACAGAGAGUACAGAACAAAGGAGUGCAGUAUCCCGCCUGAGCUGAGCAGAUUCUUAGUUAGUGAACAUUUCUCAUCUCCACUCAAUAAUGUUGAUAGUAUUCUAUAUGAGCAUAGUGAUGUUGCACUUCCAGGACUAGUUUGUAGAUUCAUUGUUACUAUUGCUGUGUAUCUAUUUAAGUCGACUGCAAAUGUUGGUUUAAUAACUUAUUUAUUCAUGUCUGCGGUAAUAUUUUUAUGUUGACUAUUUAUUAUUCAUUAUUGAUUUUAUUUUAUUUCAAAGUGCUACCUGAGAAGAUUUUAACUGGAAACUAAGAGAAAGGAGUCAUUUCCUCUGUACCGCUUAACAAAGAGGAAAUAUUUUAAGAUAUCAACUAUGAAUUGUUUUAUAUAUCUUAUUAUUUAUUUAAAACACUGGGAUCUUUUUAAGUGCAAAUAUUUUGUAACAGAAAGUUUUUUAAUAAUUUUCUAAAAAAUCUUUUGUGCUUCUGUUUAUAUGAGUUUUCUUUUUUUCCACAAGCUAUUUUGAGUACAUUGCAAUACACUGGGAAAAUUGAGCUGCACAUAUUUCAGUAUUUAUCUGGUAAUGACGAACAAAGUGAUGGUGAAUAUUUAUUUUGUACUGUCUAUGUGUUAACGAUGGCUGUGUAUGGAUUAGUCUUUAUGUUUGCUCUUGAAAUAAAGGUCAACCCAAAAUGAA